CAUAUACGUAUCGAUGUUCCACUGAUAGUGCUGAUAUAUCUGCUAUUGAUAAAUAGAUAAGUGAGCGAGUGUAAAUCGUUGAUACAGCUCAGUAAAACAACAUACUCACAACAAAGAACAUUAAAUUAAACAUCAAAACAUUUGCACAAAGUAGUGAAAUAUAAAAUGGUGGAUUCUGUUAAUGGAAGAUUCGAUAAGGGAAUAGACAAUCCAGCUGCUACCGACGAUGAUGGUCUACAAGUCGCCUCGAGACCUGACUUAGUGAUAAGCGUCCAGCCGCAAACGCCUGGUCAUCGCGCCGAGCUGCCCGUGUCCACGGUGGACUGGCACACCGCGCCUCGAGGCCAGUUCAUCCCUGUGCAUGGUCUGGACUUCCUCAUAGGCGUCACCAGUCUCCUGAUUCAACAAACCGUUGAACUCAAUGAUCUGACAACAAGGAUAGAAUCAGAAAACCGUUACAUAGUACGAGUGCCAAAUGGCGAGGCAUUAUACAUCGCCAGCGAAAUGUCGAGUUCAACCCAGAGAUGCGUUUGCGGCAGCGGCCGGGCGUUCGUGAUGCACCUCCACGACAACACCAGGCAGGAAGCCAUGGUGCUGAAGAGACGACUGGCAGGCGCUUCGUGUUUAUUUCCUUGUAGACUGCAGGAGAUGAAAGUGGUGACGCCGCCUGGAGACUACAUAGGCCGCGUCCAGCAGCGGUGGACGUGGAUGGUGCCGCUGUACCUCGUCAGAGACGCCAACGAUAUGGUGCUCUUCGUGAUCGAGGGUCCUGCAGUCUUACAGAGAAGUGCCUUGAUGCUGUCUGAAUUUAGGAUAAUGACUGGCGACUCGCUUCGGGAAGUUGGCAGGAUAGCCCACGGCUGGGACAGAGACCUGGUCAGUUUCGUCACCACGCUGCAAAUUCCCGACGCUGCUGUCCAACCUAAACACAAAGCAUUAUUGCUUGCUGCUACAUUUCUUUUGGAAUACACGUACUUUGAAAGAACGAAAUCAAGUUGUUGCCGGUGUAGCUGUUUUUAAACAUGACCGCCAUAAAGAGACAAUAGUUAAGUUGGGAUAGAGUUACUAGUAAAUUAAGUUAUAGACAUAAGAUUUUAUACGCAAAAGAUUUGUUAUUGAGUAAAUGAUUUUUUAUACUAUUAGGUCAAGGCGUGUGUAUUGUGGAAUAAAAUAAUUUGUAAUUAAAUUAAA